CGGCGCUGCGCACCGGUUUGGUUGUCGGUGCGACGGUUAGGCAGAGGCUACAGCAUCGGGGCGGGGAAGCUGCUGAAACCUAGAGGUUGGAGAAUCAGCUGCGGCGAUGACGCACGAAAGCUCGAGGCAGGCCCGAGACCGCGGGGUGACCCGGUCCAAGGCAGAAAAGGCACGGCCGCCUACUGUGCUGGUGCCGCAGGUGGACAUCGUUCCUGGGAGGCUCACUGAAGCUGAGUGGAUGGCGCUGUCUGCUCUGGAGGAAGGCGAGGACGUGGUGGGGGACAUCUUGGAGGAGCUGCUGGCGCGAGUCAUGGACUCUGCCUUCAAAGUCUACCUGACUCAGCAGUGCAUUCCAUUCACCAUCAGCCAGGCUCGGGAGGCCAUGCUGCAGAUCACCGAGUGGUGCUUCCUGGCCCGGGAUGAGGGAGAAUCUGCAGUGGCCGAGGACCCCACAUGGGGCGAGGACGAGGAGCCCUUGCCCUGUACAAUUGACGCUUGGGCUCAGGGAUGUGUGCCCGUGCUGCACGCGCCCGCCUCCAUGGGGCUGGAGGAGACCUUCCAAAGUGAAGACCAAGAGAGCGCGGACCAGAUUUCUUUAGGAAGAUCGUGGAUGGAUAGAGGCUUUGAGGAGCAGAUGGAAUCUUGGGAAAAUUCUCGCAAGCUGAGAGACACCCCCAUUCCCCUGUCCACGCUGGAGCUGUUUCAGGAGGCCGGGCCCGGGUGUCCUUUAGAGGAACUGGAAGGCAAGGGAGGAGGCCACUUGUCCUCUGCUGAGUCCUCGAAAAUGAGCCUCCAACGGUCGUUGUCGUCGUCGUCGUCGUCGUCGUUGGAGAUGGCUCCCGCCGACAGUCCCCACCCUUCUGUGGCGCUGUCCCUGGUAACCAGCCCCCAGGAGUGGGCUGAGAGGGCACAGCCCCUCAGCUCCCAGUUCUCGCUGGGGGACCUCCACUGUUGCACGCCGCAGCUGCACGGGGCUGGAGACCUGCCAGAGCUUAAAAAGGAGGAGGUGCCCUGCAUGGCCUCCAGCGGCAGCGUGUUGUUGGAGGGCUCCUCUGCGGGUGGUCUCGCCGCACUAGCCUUCUCCGCGUCCUUCGGGUCGCAGCCGCAGCCGCAGCCGCAGCCCCAGCGCGCAAACGUGUGGCUGAGGUCGGGUUCCCACAGUUCCUACAGGGCCCGCCACGAAGUGGCGGUGGCACCCCUGGACCCCGCACGGCUUCCGCGCCACUGGACAUGCCCCCUGGCUGAGAUUGUGGACGCAGACGACGUGGCGCGCUCGCUGGAAACCUACCGUAGGCGCCGGCGGGGCGAUAAGAUGGAGGCCUGGGCCAGAUGUCCAGCCACCCGCCCCGUCGUCCCUGUCUCCCAGGCAGCUUUCUUCCCCCACCCACCUGGAGUUCCUUUCCGUGCCUUGUGCCGGGGCGUCCAAUUCCCCACAUUAAGCAUGGGCCAACCACCGCCAGGCUUCUGGUCAAAGCUGCCCUUGCCCAGACCCAAGAACCGCUUUCUCUACACACACCGGGAGCUCCCCAAAAUGGCCCGCAGCCCCAGACCCCAAAUGUGGCCUGGUGCAAAGUGGCCCAGGGGCGGGGAGGAGGACGCCAUGUUGCUGGAAAAGCUGUGGGCGGGCCGCACCCAUGCACCUUCUCAGCGCCUGGACCCGGAGUACAAGGAGCUCCCAGAUCCUCACAGGUGUCCUCAUCCUGAGCUUCACGUCCUCGAGGCCACGUCCCAGCUAAUGUGGGAGCCCAUGGUGCUGCUGGAAGCCAUGAAGCUGGCUCCUGGUGUGAGCCUAUGGAACCCAGCCACCCAGAUGCUGCUCAGAUCUGGCACACCCCAGCAGGAGGACAAAGAAGGUGACACCUCUCCUCCCAUCUAACAGCACCCCACCCAGACAGGUGCCCGGAAGUCCCAGGUGACUGUGCUACAGCUAACGAAGAACUCAACCCCU